CGGGAACACCUCCUCCCCCCUCUCCUCUUUCUCCUCCUCCUCCUCCUUCUCCUUUUCUUCCUCCUCCUCCCCGCAGGCCGGAGUGCUGGCCUGUCUCCCGGCACUGUUGGCGAGCAGCACGCAGGGCAUGGAGGGUCAGGAACUGCCUUGUGUGUUAAUUGACUGUAUUGGAGGGGAGCAUGGAGUAUAUGAAGACCAUGCUGAAUUUCUAAAGGAAUGUUUUCGUCUCAUCACCAUGAAAGAAUAUCUUGAAAACAAGAAAUUUCUUGGCGAAAAGAUCAGAGCCAUUUAUAUGUGGUAUCACAAACCAGUUAUUAAUGAAGAGCUGCUGCAGAGCCUGCCUAACCUGAAGAUAGUUGCAAGCUCUGGAGUGGGAAUAGAUCACUUGGAUAUGAAUCUCCUCUAUAGCUAUGGUGUGAAGGUAUCUAACACUCCAUUUACUGUUUCCACUGACACUGCAGACUUGGGGAUGGCUUUGAUGCUGGCAUCUUCCAGGAGACUUGUGGAAGGCCAUCAAAUGGCAAUAUCCCCUGAAACUGAAUAUUUCCCUGCCAACUGGCUGGGUGCUGAGGUUUCUGGAGCUACUCUAGGCAUCAUUGGAAUGGGCACCAUUGGCUACAAAGUGGCUGAGAGAGCCAAAGCCUUUGAAAUGAAAAUUUUAUACCACAACAGGAAACAGAGAAACAAGGAAGAAGAACGUGCUGUUGGAGCUACCUACUGUAAGAAGAUAGAUUAUUUGCUCCAGCAGGCAGAUUUUGUGAUGCUGGCUGUGAACCUGACACCUCAGACACGCAGGCUGAUUGGGAAGAGGGAGCUACAGUUGAUGAAACCCACAGCCACUCUCAUUAAUAUCAGCAGAGGUCUGGUUGUAGAUCAGGAUGCUUUGGUGGAGGCUCUUCAAAACAAAGUUAUUAAGGCAGCUGCUCUGGAUGUGACAUAUCCUGAACCUUUGCCAAGGGAUCACCCUUUGCUAAAACUGGAGAAUGUUAUUAUAACCCCUCACAUCGGAAGUGCCACCGUAAAGACACGCCACCUUAUGAAGGAAAACAUGACCGAAAGCAUACAAGCAGCUCUCGCAGGUCUUCCCAUCCCUAAUGAAGUAUUACUGUGAAGUGACCUGCAUUUAACAUUCAAUUCAUGUCACUAGCGGUUACCCUACAGUGAGGAAACAGUAAUUUGAUAACUCUUCCCUGUAAUUCAUGAAUGUAUGUAAUACAGAUAAGAUGCAGAAGUAUAAUUUUAAUUAGAUGUUUUUAAUUUGUCAUUUAAAUAGUUUUAAAUUAAAUACCAAACUGCUUCUGUGUGGAAAAACUGCCGUAUUUUGUCAUUAACUUGAAUAACAAACUAGUGCAAUUUAA